AACCAAUAUCUGGUGCUAACAUCACUACUACCCCAAACUCUUCAAUCAUCGAGGGAGGCUCUGUGAACUUAACCUGUGAUGCUUCUGGCGCCAUCAUCACCAGAGAGUGGAUGAAAGAUGGUCACCCUCUGUCUGCUGGUGGCAACAUAAUCAUCUCUGAGGAUAAGAGAGUGCUGUCCAUAAACCCUGUGAAGAGAACAGACACUGGAGAAUACCGGUGUAKAGUCAGCAACCCCRUCAGCACCGCURAUGCUAAACAYGGUCUCAUUGUAAACUAUGGACCUGAUGGUAUGGAAAUAAUGGGUCCAUCUGAAAUAGAAGUAGGACAGAAGUUUACAUUGACCUGCUCUGCUGACUCCAUACCGACUUCUAGUUACACCUGGGUGCUUAACGGGACAGAGAUACCUGGACAUUCACCUGAGUUCACUAAAGAGAAGAGUGAAUACUCUGACAGUGGGGAUUACACCUGUACAGCAACAAAUKAUGUCACUGGAAACAAAACAUCUGUGGUCCAUAAACUGUCAGUAAAAGCGAAGGGCUCUCUAACUCCAGGUCUGUCUGCUGGUGCCAUCGCUGGGAUUGUGAUUGGAGUAUUGCUGGUUGUGGGAGUGGGAGUUGGUGUUACAGUGUUCAUCAAUAAAAAUGGAGGCUCUCAACAACCUGUACAUGACAACCCAUCACCUGUGUAUGAGAACACAAGACAAAAUCAAUCUCCACCUCUACCCCUGACAGAUUUAAAUAAUACCUAUGAUACUAGGAUAAUGUAAGAGAAGUCAGUGGAAAAUAUCUCCAUUCAACCACCGUUCUCCAGUUUCCCCAUCAACACAUAAAACCUGCCAUGAUAACACCCAGUGUGGAUCUGUAAUAUAAUACGACCAACGUGACAAUUGGUGGUUGUAGGCGGGGCAAUUGCUGUUGCAGUCUACUUCGUCAAGAGAAAAGGAGCCAGUAUCCAAUGUAGUGAAAACUCCCAACACAGACUUAGUGGAAUUUAACAGCUCUGUCAGUCUGUUCUGCUCCUCCUCUGGCUCCUCCCCCUUCUACCGUUGGCUGAAAUGCAGCUCUGAAAUCACAACCAGUGAUUGAGUUCAGUUUCGUGAUGGGAAAAGCACUCUCACCAUAGUCAACAUGACGCGGGGGGUCGUUUAGCUGUAAUGUGUUCAACCCCAUCAGUAAUGGAACCAGCCAGCCUCUAACCCUCACCAUCAGCUAUGGUCCAGAAAACACAGCAAUGAAAGUGACCCCUCUAGAUGUACUGUAUGGAUCAGGGUCAGACCUCACUCUGUCCUGCUCAGCUGAGUCCAGUCCUCCUGCCCAAUUUCAGUGGGCUAUGAAUAGGACACUGCUGUCCAAUAUGGGACCAGAACUCAGGCUGGAGAACAUGCAGGCCAGUCAGAGUGGUAGCUACAGCUGCUGGGCCCAUAAUACCAGAACCCUGAGGUACCAGACAUCUGAGCCGUCUGACAUCACUGUGCUGGAAUCAAUAUCUGAUGAUACCUUCAAUACUUCCCCAAACCCUCCAAUCAUCGAGGGUAGUUUUGUCACCUUAACAUGUGACGCUUCUGGCUUCAACGUCACCAGAGACUGGAUGAAGGAUGGUCAGCAUCUGUCUGCUGGUGUCAACAUAACCAUCUCUGAGGAUAAGAAGACAGCAUCUAUCAAUCCUGUGAAUAAAGGUGACGCUGGAAAAUACCUAUGUAAACUCACCAACCCAGUCAGCUCUGCUGAGGUUGAAUACAGUCUGACUGUACACCGUAAAUAGUCUUCUAUAAGCAUGUUAUGUUGUCCAUACAAUGUUUUCACUCCUUUUGCAUUCAAAUCAAACAAGCAUAGAAUAAAUAGUAUGAGUGAUUAUGAAUGAACAAUCUGGCAACACUUCAACAUUUCCUGGUUAGUAUGUGUAGUCUUUCUGUCAUCUCUGGUUCUCUACAUGGUAUCUGCAGCGGAGGGUUAUGUACCACCAGGUGAACUGUCUGCUGGUGCCAUUGCUGGGAUUGUGAUUGGAGGGUUGGUGGUUGGGGGAGGGGCAAUUGGUGGGGCAGUCUUCAUCAUUGAGUAAAAGUAUGGAACCUAGAACUUUUCAUAUGUUAAUACUUGCAUCUUAUAAAAUUGUAUUGUGUAAAAUCAAGUUUCCAUCCUGAACCUCCUUUCAGCUGUAUGAACUCUCCAGUAGACCUGUAUGAGAACAGGCCAGAGACAUGGCACAAUCUCCACAUCUACCAGACAGGGAGAUGAAAGUCAUUAUGAUUAAUCUAUGUCUUCUAUCUUUAUCUUAUCUAUAUUUCAUAUAAAUGUACUGUAUGUGUAUGUAUGUUUUUUAAAUGUAAUACACAAAGGUUUAUCUUUGUUAUAUUUUGUUUUUACAACUGUUGUAGGUGUUGCCUUAUAAAUAUGGUCUUUAUACUGUAUCAUUGCUCAAGUAUGAAAGUGAAGAUUAUUUUAUUUUCUACCUCCACUUAAAUCUACUGUAACAGCAAGAGAAGGAAAGUGGAAAGGAAGCUGUAAGGGAGCAGAAAGGGGACAGCAGUUAGAGUACUCUAAUUCUGUUAAUAAUGUUGUUAAAACUAAAUAAGAAUUCAUAAAGUUUGCCUUCGGUUUUAUGAUCAACUGUGUCUUUUGUGUCAGACCAGCAAUAAAUAAU